ACGUGAGUACACGCGGAAUCGAGGCACAUGCGUAGUCGUCGCCAUUGUUGGACCGAGAGAAGGGAAAGUUUCAUUUAUGUGAAUGUUUUCUGUUAUUUCCAAACUUUGUGCUGUGCCCACAAAUUUCUGAUCUGUGUGGAUUACAAUUUCAAUAUUUCGUAUCCAUAGACAGUGAACGAACACUUUUGUGGUUUCGAAAGGAUUAUAAAUUCAGUGGGAUGUCUGCAAAUGUUGAUCAGAGGUCAAAGGGACAGCCUAAUCAAGUGUCCAAUGGUGGCAAAGAUGUUAUGAAAGUCGAGGAACCGUAUCUCCAGCAACCUCCCCAGCAUGCAGUGCGGUCUUGGAGUGAUCAGGCAUCGGAUGGAGCUUACGGUGCCCCUCCAAUGUCGAACGCGGCGGUUUCGGACUCGUUUUUCCAGAGCUAUUACACCCCCAACAUGUCGUACCCGUUCAUGAACCAGGGACUUGGGGCGUCGGAGGGACCCUGGUCCAACGGCGCCGACGGCAUGUUUGGCAUGGGUUACGACUACAGCAGCGUCUACGGCGGCUUUGGCUUCCCGUUCAGUAACUGGGAGUACGCCACCGACUACUGGGGCAGCUCCCAGCCCGUCCGCAAAGACCAGCGAGGCUACAGCUCAGAGGACGCCUACUACCCGCCUGAGGUGAUCCCCCCUGACACGUACGGCAUGAUGAACGGAGCCCCCGCCCCCCCGGAGCCCCAGGAGCCCAUCGGCACGGUGGAGCAGGGACUUCGUGGCAUGACCCUGCAGCCCUCCGCCUCGCCCGCCGACCCUCAGGGCAGGAAGAAAAUGGACAUGACGCACCCCCCUGUGAUGAGUGACGGUUUUAGUGGUGGCGACCCCUCCAUCAUGAUGGCCCCUCCCUCCUCCUCCCAGUCGGUGUCUGCCGCCUCUGUGAUGGGUGGGGGCAGUGGCAGUGGGGGUGGCCAGCCCAAGAAAACAUCGUGGGCGGCCAUCGCCAGUCAGCCGGCCCGGCCCCAGCAGCAGUUGCGUCCACGGACGAUACCACGCGCCCCGGUCAACCCCAACAAAAGCCACAACAUGGACAUUGGCACCUGGGACAUGCGCGGGAACCCGGCCAAGGGCGCACAGACAGCCUCCCAGCAGCCCUCGGCCCAGGCAGUGGUGUCGCGGCAGAGCUGGGCGCCCAGUGUGGUGAGUCGCCGACAGAUGGCGCCACCGUCGUCCAGUGGCCCCGCCCACCCAGCCAUGGCGGGCCCGGCGGGGGGCAGUGUCAACGCCAACAACAGCAGCAGCAACAACAACAGUUCCAGCAACAGUGUCAGUGGCCACCCCACGGCCUACUCAAACUAUCCCGGCGGCAGUUGUGGCCCCGCGGGGCCGCGCUCUGGCCCGGUGGCCAACUCUCCCGCCGCAACCAACGGGGACAGUCACAGCUCGAGCACGCCCCCGGCUCCCUCCCACCCCGUGUUGGACCAGUUGAAAUCUUCCAAUCUGUACAAUCCCAAGGAGUUCAAUCUGAACCCCAAGUCUGCCCGCUUCUUCAUCAUCAAGUCGUACUCGGAGGACGACAUCCACCGCUCCAUCAAGUACAACAUCUGGUGCAGCACCGACCACGGAAACAAACGUCUGGACCAGGCGUUCCGCGAGCGGGAGGGCAAGGGGCCCGUGUACCUCAUCUAUUCCGUCAACGGGAGCGGACACUUCUGUGGCAUCGCUCAGAUGAUGUCGCCAGUGGACUACAACAAAAGUGCCGGGGUGUGGGCCCAGGACAAGUGGAAGGGCCAGUUCACCGUCAAGUGGGUUUAUGUGAAGGACGUGCCCAACUCAACGCUCAGACACAUACGGCUGGAGAACAACGAGAACAAGCCCGUGACGAACUCGCGCGACACGCAGGAAGUGCCCCCUGAGAAGGGCAAGCAGGUGCUGCGCAUCAUGCACAGCUACAAGCACUCGACCUCCAUCUUCGACGACUUCAACCACUACGAGAAACGCCAAGAGGAGGACCAGCAGCAGGCCCAGCCGCCCCCCUACCAACGUGACCACCACCGUGACCAGCACCGCGGUGACCGGGGGGAGCACCGCGGGGAACACCGGGCUGGUGGUGGAGACCACCACCGAGGAGGAGACAGAGGCGAUCGUGGGGACCGAGGAGGUGACCGCGGGGAUCGGGGGGACAGAGGCGACCGAGGCGACCGCGGGGACAGAGACAGAGAUGGGCCCGGCGGGAGAAAUCGGGAUAACAGACGUCGUUAGGAGGAAGCUAGCGGCUGGCUCUCCCACCUCCGGAGACUGGCGGAAUGCUGGAAUGGGAAGAGUUGUUGUUCCUUGUUGUGGUGGUUGGUGAGGAUUCUGUCCCGUGGACGCGGAGUAUGUCGUCGUGUGCCCGCAGGGAAACCAGGAAUCUUGUAAAUUGUCAUUUUUUCUGAAACAGCCGUUCCCCCAAGUUUUUCCUACUCUAAAAUUUCGUUGUGUGUUUGUAGCAUGUUCACCCCAGAGUGCUAGUUUGGUCUUUGGCCGUGGGGUUUGUCCUCCUCCUUCUCUACCUUUCUCUAGCAAGUGCUGACGUUGCGAGCAGCCCAGUGUGUCUCCACAGUUGUUCUCGUGAAUGCCAUGUCUAGUGCAGUGACAGAUUAUGCUUUCUCAAAGUUAAUUCUUUUUCUUUUCUUUAUCUUCUUCUUUCCCCGUCUUAAAUCCUCUUCUCAUAAAUGAUUUGCUCAGAGAUAAGAAGUUAGCAAAAGGGCUUGUUCCUAUGCCAGCCCCCGCGGGAGGUGUGGGAGAGACACAGUGCGUGCGUGUGUGUGUAGCUGGCCACUACGUCCCCGACAACGACGCGGGAAGCAAACGACAAACUGCUGAACUAGUAGAAAGACUUUUUGUCUUGUCCAACUUUGGUCUUCUGUGCUGGUGCGGACUUUAGCCACCAGGGAUUUUCCAGUUAGAAAAGAAACACGCAAUGUGUGCGUGGUAAACUUAUGAACAGACAAAGGACUGCCUUUAACAAAUUCUUUGCAAUGGACUCAGAAACAGCCGUUUGGAAAGUACCUGUAGACAGUGUCAGUGACCAUAUUGUGCUACAUCUGUGGAAUGGCCCACCACGCUUUCAUUCUCACGUGGAGACUAACGCCAAGACUGUGAGUUUUGACACUUGGGAAAAUUUUAUCUUUCAUAUAAGGACCUUGGACGAGCCAUUCAUCUGCAUUACACAAGUUUUGAGUUGAGUGAUUCAUCUGUGGGAGACUAAUUGUCAGCGACUCUUGUUCUCAGUUCAGCUUGAUAUGUUCAGGGUUGGUGUGUGGUUUUUUUUGUUUGUUGUUGUUGUUGAAAAAACAAGACUUUCUC